GUAAAAUCAAAUAUAACAUAUUCAUAAUAUUCUUUUCAAUUGUUCCUAUUUGUUGUAAGACUGAUCCACGAAGGGGCCGAUUUGUUGUGGCUACUCUGGUGCUUAUCUUGUUAAUCCGCAAGGAUUUUUAUGACAAAAAAAAAAGUAAUAAAAAAACCCUUUAAGCCAUAAGCACCACCAACACCAAGAGUGGAAAUCUCUUAUGAUUUUCGGUUACAUUUGACCAUUUGUUUCAAGACCGUCAAAGAUUUGAAUAGGUGAACUGGAGGAGCUGAGCAGGGCCAUUGGAUUUUAUCUGUGGACCGUGCCAGGUGGUGUAUUAGCAAUCGUAACUGAUCCCCCACGCCACUGGGCCCAGGCCCAUCAAAAUCAAACACUUGGGAGCGUUACGGCGACGCUAAUCGUCUUCUUCUUCCGCUCUAUCUCUCGUGUUGGUGUAUAUAAGAAGUUAAAAACUAAACUAUGCAUCAGAAUAUAAUAUCAGUGAAUCACAAGAACUGCCUCUAGCCCUUUACCAUUGAAAUCACCGCCGCCGCCGGGAAACAAUGAACGAAUUGCCAGAAGAGUGCAUCGCUAAAGUGAUGUCAUACCUCGGCCCCCAACAGGUCUGCAGGUUAGCUUCCGUCUCAAGAACGUUCAGUUCAGCUUCCCAGUCGGACGUUCUCUGGGAAAGCUUCCUUCCGUUCGAUUACCGGUCGAUUAUCUCCCAGUCUUCAGAUUCAUCUCUUCUCUCGACUUCCGCCUCCAAGCAGCACCUCUUUCGCCGACUCUGCCAGCAACCAGUUCUGCUCGACCAGGGCAAAAAGAGUUGGGCGGUGGAGGCAGGGAGGGGGAAGAUAUCGAUGAUGGUGGGAGCCAGGGAUCUGGCGAUCACAUGGGGCGACACUCCCGCGUACUGGCGGUGGGAGACGGACCCGGAUUCGAGGUUCGCCGGAGGGGAAGUGGCGGCGCUUGAGCUUGUGUGGUGGUUGGAGAUCCGGGCCAAGAUCCAGACCCGGAGGCUGUCGCCGGGAACCACGUACGGGGCUUAUCUAGUGUUCAAAUUGAUGGGUGGGCACAUCGGGUUAGCGGGGCAACCCGUGAAAGUUGGGGUUGGGUUUGUGGGCGAUGAAGGCUCGGGCAAGGAAUCAGUCGCGAAUCUGGAUCCGGCGGCGGCUGGGGCUGGGGGGAGAUCGAGGAGAAAUCCCCCAGCCGGCGGCGGAAGCAGGGUGCUGGGGAUGGUCCUCCGGUGGGUGGCGAGGCCGAGGGUGGUGCAGCCGAGGAAAAGGGGAGACCCGUGGUGGGAGGUGAAGCUGGGAGAGUUUGAGAAUGGGGUGGCCGGCGGUGAAGAAGUUGAGGUUUCGGUCAAGGAAGUGGAGUCGGGUCAGGUCAAGCACGGGCUUGUAGUCCAUGGCAUAGAAUUCAGGCCGGAAUAGAACAAUUGAUCAUAAUUAUAAAGUUAUGUUUAAAAAAAAAGGAUCAUAAUUACGAAGUUGUAUGUCUUCGGAGAACCCAAGAAUUCGGUAAUAAAGGAAGAAAUACAGUCAUGGUGAAGACAUUGAUAUUGACGAUUUGACUUGCAUACACGAACUUAUAUCGUUGGAUACUUGGGUGUAGGGAAUAAGUUAGGCUGAAUACU